AUGGGAAAGGAAAAGGUCCAUAUUAACAUUGUCGUCAUCGGACACGUCGACUCCGGAAAGUCCACCACCACUGGACACUUGAUCUACAAGUGCGGAGGAAUCGACAAGCGUACCAUCGAAAAGUUCGAGAAGGAAGCUCAAGAAGUGAGUUUAAUUUCAGCUGGAAAAUAUUUCGAAAUUCAAUAUAAUUUUUUUUUAGAUGGGAAAAGGUUCGUUCAAGUACGCCUGGGUUCUUGACAAACUCAAGGCUGAACGUGAACGUGGUAUCACCAUUGAUAUCGCUCUCUGGAAGUUCGAAACUUCCAAGUACUACAUCACCAUUAUUGAUGCUCCAGGACAUCGUGAUUUCAUCAAGAACAUGAUCACCGGAACUUCCCAAGCUGAUUGCGCCGUCUUGGUCGUCGCUUGCGGUACCGGAGAAUUCGAAGCCGGAAUCUCCAAGAACGGACAAACCCGUGAACACGCUCUUCUCGCCCAAACUCUUGGUGUCAAGCAAUUGAUCGUUGCCUGCAACAAGAUGGACUCCACCGAGCCACCAUUCUCUGAGGCCCGUUUCACCGAAAUCACCAACGAAGUCUCCGGAUUCAUCAAGAAGAUCGGAUACAAUCCAAAGGCUGUUCCAUUCGUUCCAAUCUCAGGAUUCAACGGAGACAACAUGCUCGAAGUUUCAUCCAACAUGCCAUGGUUCAAGGGAUGGGCUGUUGAACGCAAGGAAGGAAAUGCCACCGGAAAGACCCUUCUCGAGGCUUUGGACGCCAUCAUCCCACCACAACGUCCAACUGACCGACCACUCCGUCUUCCACUCCAAGACGUCUACAAGAUCGGAGGUAUCGGAACUGUCCCAGUCGGACGUGUCGAAACCGGAGUCAUCAAGCCAGGAAUGGUCGUCACCUUCGCCCCACAAAACGUCACCACUGAAGUCAAAUCCGUCGAAAUGCACCACGAAUCGCUCCCAGAAGCCGUUCCAGGAGACAACGUCGGAUUCAACGUCAAGAACGUUUCCGUCAAGGACAUCCGUCGUGGUUCAGUCUGCUCUGACUCGAAACAAGAUCCAGCCAAGGAGGCUCGCACCUUCCACGCUCAAGUCAUUAUCAUGAACCAUCCAGGACAAAUCGCCGCUGGUUACACUCCAGUUCUCGAUUGCCACACCGCUCACAUCGCUUGCAAAUUCAACGAGCUCAAGGAAAAGGUAAUUAGAAAUCAGAACAACCUCAGAAUCAGAGAUUUAAUUGUUCAAUAUUUAUAGGUCGAUCGUCGUACCGGUAAGAAGGUCGAAGAUUUCCCAAAAUUCUUGAAAUCUGGAGAUGCCGGAAUCGUCGAACUCAUCCCAACCAAGCCACUUUGCGUUGAAUCGUUCACCGACUACGCUCCACUCGGACGUUUCGCUGUUCGUGACAUGAGACAAACCGUCGCUGUCGGAGUUAUCAAGUCUGUCGAGAAAUCCGAUGGAUCAUCAGGAAAGGUCACCAAGGCCGCCCAAAAGGCCGGAGCCGCUGCAGGAAAGAAGAAGUAA